CAUUGGUUCGGCGGGAUCAACCUCCGCAAUGAUAGUUCAGCAAUCAGGGAUUCGUGUGGAAAAAGCUGAAUUGAGAUGGAGGGCAUUCGAACAUGAAGAUAAAUACCAGACAUGGAUCAUCUCAUUCCAUCUUUGAUUGAACAAUCGGCGGUGGUGGAGCGUCUUACUUCUGCAUUUAUCUUCGACAACCGCGGGACAUCCCAAGAACAGUACAACCCAGUACAACCGCCACCGGGAGACAAAAUUAACGUCAACGCACAGAAGCUUGUGUUGAAAGGCCUGAACAAUGAACCGUCACAAAUCCGAAGUAGCCCCUCCCUCUCGGCAGUUCCCAUUUCAAAUUUGGAAUUUUCCAGUUCUAAAGCUGGUCAGUACACGGGGUGGGCUUUACAAGCACUGGUCCUGAUUCGGAGGUUAGCAGAUAUCUUUACUGAACUCCUGAGUGGCGAAAAUACGAAUAAACUGAACGUCCAAUCAACAAAUGACACCUUUAAGAACACGACCGGGGGUAAAGUAUGCGUGAAAGUUCAAAGCUCGAUAUGGGUUGUACACUGGUCCAAGAACGGUUCCGGUGCUGGCCCAACACCAUGA